AUGAAAAUUUUAAUAACCCCACAGUUUUUCUCCAUCUUGAUAACCACAAUUUUGUGCACGACUUUUUUUGCUCCAGUUUGCAGCCAAAGCCUAUGCCUGGAGGAUCAGAAAAUUUUACUACUCAAGUUGAAGGAUGAAUUCUUGUUCAAUUCUUCGGCAUCAAGAAAAUUGGUAAGGUGGAAUGAAAAUGAGGACUGUUGCAGUUGGAACGGGGUGGGAUGUGAUACCGCUGGUCAUGUCAUCAGCUUGGAGCUGGAAAAUGAAUCCAUUAUUGCCGGAUUUGAGAAUUCUACUAGUCUUUUUACUCUUCAGCAUCUAGAGAAGCUGAAUCUGGCAUUCAACGACUUCAGAAAUAUUCAGAUACCAAGAAGGCUUUACAAUCUUACACAUCUAACACACUUAAAUUUGUCAGAAGCCGGUUUAGUUGGACAGAUACCGUGUGAGCUUUCAUCAAUGAAGAGAUUGGUUAGUCUUGAUCUCUCCAAUCUUCGUAAUGGCAAUCUGAGUCUUCGGAAUCCAGAUUUGAGAGGGCUGGUUCAGAACUUAACCGAGCUUCAAGAACUUCAUAUUGAUGGCGUGGAAAUUUCAUCUCAGGGAAUUGAUUGGUGCCAGGUUUUAUCUUUUUUCUUACCGAAUUUGAGAGAGGUGAGCCUGCGCAGAUGUGAUCUUUCAGGGCCUAUAGAUUCUUCCUUUUCAAGGGUCCAAUCACUUUCAGUUCUUCACCUGGAUGAUAACAAUCUGUCAACAACAGUUCCGGACUUCUUUGCAAAUUUCUCAAACUUGACAUCCUUGAGUCUAAGCAACUGCUCUCUAGAAGGAUUUUUUCCAAACAAGAUCUUCCAGGUUCCGACUCUGCUGAAUCUGGAUUUAUCUUACAAUAUCUUACUCAAAGGAACUCUACCGCAAUUUCCAAGGGCCAUAUCUCUUAGGAAUAUGGUACUUUGCUAUACGAACUUUUCAGGUUCAUUACCAGAUUCUAUCAGCAACCUUGUCAUGCUAUCCAGGAUAGAUCUGUCCAAUUGCAAGUUCAGUGGAAAAAUUCCCUCCACAAUAACAAACCUUACAGAGGUUGUUUAUUUGGACUUCUCAAACAACAACUUCAGUGGUUUGAUCCCUCCGUUUCACAAGUCAAAGAAACUUACCCACAUAAACCUCUCUCAUAAUCGAUUAGCAGGUCCACUUUCAUAUGCUCAUUUCCAAGGCAUGUCAAAUCUUUACUAUAUAAAUCUAGGGAAUAAUUUGCUCACUGGGAACCUUCCAUCUGCUCUUUUUGUGCUCCCAUCUUUAAGGAGUCUUCUUCUUUUGAACAAUCAAUUAGAUGGUCAAAUUGAAGAGCUUCCUAAUCCUGCAGCUUCUCAACUCUGUAAUCUGGAUUUGAGUAGUAAUAAGCUAGAAGGGCCAAUUCCCAAGUUUUUCUUUAAAUUUGAGCACUUGACUUCUCUCUCACUUUCUUUUAACUUCUUCAGUGGCACUUUCGAGCUAGAAAUGAUCAAAGAGAGUCGUCAUCUACGGUCGCUUGAGGUUUCCUCUAACAAUUUGUCAAUUGAUCUGAGUAAUAGUAAUUCAACCCUGUCUCUCUUUCCUAACAUAGAAACACUGAAAUUAGCUUCGUGCAAGUUGCAAGAGUUUCCAAAUCGACUGCGUCAAUUAAACUUGAGCAUCUUGGAUCUUUCAGCCAACCAACUGAAGGGGGAAAUACCUACUUGGAUUUGGGAAAUUAAUAAUGGGUCACUAAGUUUUUUGAAUCUUUCUUUCAAUCAACUCACCGAUUUCCAGAAGCCCUACGAAAUUUCUAGUAUCAAUAUGGAACUACUUGACUUGAGUUCCAACCAGCUCCGUGGUGAGUUACCAAUUCCACCACUUUGCUCUUACUAUGUGGACUAUUCAAACAACAAUUUCAACGGCUCCAUACCGCCUGACAUUGGAAAUUAUAUAUCAUUUGCUCUUUUCUUCUCUGUUUCCAAUAAUAGCCUCAGUGGAGCAAUCCCAAUGUCCAUGUGCAACGCACAUUACCUUGAACUUCUCGAUUUGUCCAACAAUGCUUUGAAUGGCACUAUACCAUCCUGUCUAACAGAGAACAAUGGCAGUCAGCUUAAGGUUCUGAAUCUACGGAGGAACAGGCUCAAUGGCACUAUCCCUGACACAUUUUCUAUGAAUUGUAGUCUAGAAACUCUAGACCUCAGUCAGAAUUUCUUGGCAGGGAAACUUCCAGAAUCACUAGUUAAUUGCCCAUUAUUAGAAGUUCUGAACAUUGAGAACAAUAGGAUUGAAGAUACCUUUCCCUGCAUGUUGAUGAACACCAACUUGCUUGUCUUGGUUCUACGAUCCAACAGGUUCUAUGGAGACCUUCAUUGUCCUGGAGCUAUAAAAGAGUGGCGAAACCUUCAAAUCAUGGACAUUUCUGUGAACCACUUUACUGGUGAUUUGUCCCCAUCGUUCUUCUCAAAUUGGAAAGGAAUGAUAAAUUUCAACUAUAAUGAUCAUUCGAGACGCGAUGAAAUUCACUUUGAUUCGACAGUCAAUGGAUUUUAUUACCAAGAAACCAUAAAAAAAGCAAAGCAAGCUCUGUUGAAGAUCAAGGCUGUAACCAUGAGCAAAGGAUCAGCCAGACCGUGA